AAAUGUCAGUAUUCUCGAUUUCCGUGUAAACAAAUAUAAUAUUAUAAUCACAAAUCAGCGUUCUCUGCAGCCUGCAAUGCUCUAUGCAGCACACGAUAAAUUAAAUUAAAUUUAUCAUGAUGCAGCAGCUGCUGCUGCCUGUUGGUACUUGGUUCAUUAUAGUAUUGUAAUCUAUAAACCUUGGGUUCGUUAUGCGAUAGUGAUUAUUCGUCGGACGUUGGUCGUGUUAUUGAAUAUUUGCGUUUUGAAAACAUUCAGUUUUCCCAUGUCGACAAAUCGUUACGUGAUUACGUAACAGGGAACUUACAUCGCAAAUCUCAAUAUCGCAUAAUUUACUUACUAUUUUUUUUUGUGUAGAGAAAAUGCAUUCGGAACAUUUGGUGACCCAUGUGUUGUUAUUCGUCAUUUGUGCCACAGCAGUGGUCUGUCUGAAGAAAGAUCGGUUCUUUUGCGAAUUGUCUUCCUCGUGUAUGUGCAUUACGGUCAAUGACAACAGCAAUAUCGACUUAGGUGGACUGAAUUUGACUCUGACAAUCGCAGAUAACCAGACGUUGAACUAUCAACCUUGUGUCAGUGAAAUCGUUAUCGUAAAUGGGACAUCCGAUUCUUCAAUACAAGUUGCCAAUUAUACGCAUGCUAAUGUUAAACUAACUGACUUGGUAACAUUUAUCUAUACAAAUGACGAAAGCCAACACGAGUUUGAUGUAAUUUUGGUAUGUGAUGAAUUGGCAGUCAGUGGAAACGAAUCUUUGACAAAUUUCAAAAAUGUCACAGCUAACCAAUGUACGGUUGAACUUAAAACCAGUAAAGUAUGUGGAUUGAAUUUAAGCGACGCGUAUGAAAACAACCCAGAUUCAGAAUCUUGGACUUACUUUUUUUCAUUUGUCUUGGUUGUUGCAUUUGUUUACUUUGUUGGCGGAUCUGUAGUAAAUGCUUGUUUAUUUAAUGAAAUUGGUAUAAAUAUGAUUCCUCAUCAUGCAUUUUGGUUGUCACUUUAUGAUAAAAUCAAGGAUAAACUAUGCGGCACAUCUACAAUGGCAACUGCUUAUGAAAGCAUAUAAAUAUUUUUUUUUCCCAAACAAAAAUAAGAUGCUCAUGCACGCUGUAUUGCUAUUUGCUGGGCGUAAUAUUGCUGAUAAAAAUAUUAUAUAUUUUGUAUUUUAAUCUUCUUAUUUCCAAAGGAAACACUGUAUUAAAUCAUUUUAUUGUUUUGUGUAUUAUUGUUUAAUUUGAUGAACAUAUUAUUUUUAUUUUCAUUAAAACAUAUAUUUAAAUUUUA